AUGAGAAGCAGCGGUUUGGUUUUAUUUGUAUGUGCCGGAUUAUUGCUUAGUGGUGGCGCCAUUCUUGGCGGAGCAACAGCUUUCAGCCUACUUCGCAUGUCCUAUUAUUUUUGGACCACGGACCUGGGUGCGGAGCUAGGUGCCAGUAUUCUGUUUGUGGCUGGUGCCUUUUUAUGUCUACCUUCCUGUUGGCUCGCCACUCUAGUGCCUUAUCAUCCUAAAUCUAUAUCCAUUACAGCUACGCUAAUGUUGCUAGUGACGACAUCUACUAUACUAUUGUCUUGCGGAAUGUCAGCUAUCACAGGACUGUCGAAAGCGGCUCGGGAUCCGGCCACCGUCAAUGCGAGUAUGCUACGCGCAAUGGCACAUGAAACGUUCGAUCCCGCUGUGAGGAGUGCUUUUGCUGCCAUGCAAAUUGAGUUGAAGUGUUGUGGAGUUCAAUCGUACGCCGAUUGGUAUCAGCAUCGACGAGAAUUGCCUGCCUCCUGUUGUGGUCGAUUGCUAAAUGGAAAGAAUGGCGAACAGUGCAUCACUCCUCAGCAGACGGUUGGCUGCUUACGUCCGGUUCUUAGCGAACUGCGAAUGUUUAUCAACUCUGGUUGCGUGCUCGCUUCGGCUAUUAUCCUUGUCACGGUGGUGACACUUUUCACGGCGGCAUAUACCCUGGUGUCCGGGACUCUGGAGCGCAAUGAAUCGCGCUCAUUGAAGCUAGCACAGCCUCUGCGCAUCGCCUGCCUUCACUCACCAUUACCAACGUUUGGUAACCAAGAGCAAACUACCAAUGUUGCCCCUCAAAUUUGA